AGCUCCACGCUGGGUUCUCUUGAACGCCCUUUCUGAGCUUUCCACUAAGAAAUUGCCCGCUUUCGCGAGGGGUUUGCUCCGCCUGCGUGGCACAACGCACGAUUUCUCAAUCACAUUAUUUUGAUCAGAAAAUGGCGUCUGCUCUGGAAUCUCUUUUUGAAUAUGUGGACAAACAUCAAGACCUUUAUGUGGAGCGUCUAGCUCAGUGGGUCGCAAUACAGAGUGUGUCAGCAUGGCCGGAAAAGCGAGAAGAAAUCAGACGGAUGAUGGAGGUUGCUGCAAAGGAUAUUGAACGGCUUGGGGGCACAACUGAACUGAUAGAUGUCGGGAAGCAGACGUUGCCUGAUGGUAGUAAGAUUCCUCUACCUCCAAUAAUUCUGGGCAAACUUGGCUCAGAUCCUUGCAAAAAAACUGUUUGUGUCUAUGGCCAUUUGGAUGUGCAACCUGCAGCUUUAGAGGAUGGCUGGGACAGCGAACCCUUUGUCUUGAUAGAAAGAGAAGGGAAGUUGUAUGGCCGAGGAUCGACAGAUGACAAAGGUCCAGUGCUGGCUUGGCUGAAUGCUCUGGAGGCUUACCAGAAAACCAAACAGGAAAUCCCAGUCAAUGUCAAGUUUUGCUUAGAAGGUAUGGAGGAAUCUGGUUCGGAAGGCCUUGAUGACUUGAUUUUUGCACAAAAAGAUACUUUCUUCAAAGACGUGGACUACGUGUGUAUCUCUGACAACUACUGGCUGGGCAAGAAGAAGCCCUGCAUCACCUAUGGCCUCAGGGGCAUCUGUUAUUACUUCAUUGAGGUGGAAUGCAGUGAUAAAGACCUUCAUUCUGGUGUAUUUGGUGGUUCGGUCCACGAAGCAAUGACAGAUCUUAUUGCUUUAAUGGGCUCCUUAGUGGAUAAGAAAGGAAAAAUCCUCAUCCCUGGCAUUUACGAGACCGUGGCGUCACUCACAAAUGAGGAGAAGCAACUUUAUGACAAAAUUGACUUUGACUUAAAAGAAUACGCAAAAGAUGUUGGAGCCACAAAACUGCUCCAUGACACAAAGGAAAUGAUUUUGAUGCACAGAUGGCGGUACCCAUCCCUAUCCCUUCAUGGCAUAGAAGGGGCUUUCUCUGGAUCUGGUUGUAAAACUGUGAUACCACGAAAAGUGAUUGGCAAAUUUUCAAUCCGAUUAGUGCCAGAUAUGACUCCUGAAGUUGUAACUAAGCGGGUUGAGGAGUACUUAUCCAAAAAGUUUGCUGAGUUGCACAGCCCCAACAAAUUCAGUGUAAAGUUGGGCCAUGGUGGAAAACCUUGGGUGUCAGAUUUCAAUCAUCCCCACUAUAUGGCUGGCAGAAGAGCCAUGAAAACAGUCUUUGGUGUGGAGCCAGACCUGACUCGCGAAGGAGGGAGCAUUCCUGUCACAUUGACUUUUCAAGAAGCAACAGGCAAGAAUGUGAUGCUGCUUCCUGUUGGGUCUGCUGAUGACGGAGCCCAUUCUCAGAAUGAGAAACUUAAUAGAUACAACUAUAUUCAAGGAGUGAAGCUUCUGGGUGCUUACCUUUAUGAAGUUGCCAAGUUGAAGAACUGAAUCUGAAUUUAUUUUUUAUUUUAUUUUAUUUUGCAAUUGUGCUUUUGAGAUCUGAAAGAUCUUGAAAAUCUUGAAAAGUUGCACUAUUUCAAUUCCCUUUUCUCCUAGUCUAACUUAUGCCAAUAUUAUACCUGGUGGAAUAUUUUGAAACUCAGUAAAGAGCACU